AUGGAGACCAUACAAACAGAAUCCAAGAAAGCACCAAUGCAAAUAAUCUCAACAUCAAUAUCGAUGAGGAAUCAAUUAAAAAAAUUUAAAAAGCACAAAAGAAAUUAUAAAAUCAAGCUUGAAGAUAAAAUGAGAAUUAUUAAUUCUAUAAUUCUCAUCAACUUGCCACGUAUGCAGAAAUUGGAAAAAAGUUUGGAGUGUCUCCAUGCACAGUGAAAAGAAUCCUUACAAAACAUAGGGAAAGGUAAUUCUAUUGAAGAUGGAAGGAGCGAUAAGCCAUUAAAGCUCAGUAGUGCAGCUUCACUUGCAUUGACUGAAGCGUGCUUAAAUGGUGAUCCAACAAUUUCAAUUCCUGAAAGAGUUGAAAAAUUAAAUAAGCAAUUAGUAGAUGAAAGGGUUACUUGCAAGCAAGCGUACAAAUGCAUGAAAAAGCUUGGCUAUACAUUCAAAAAAUGCUGAGAGCACCCAAUCAAUCGGGUUUCUAAUAUAAACCUGAUCAAGCGCCAAAAUGUAGCAUUUCGUUAUUUAGAAAUUUUGGAGAGAAAUAAUGAAAUCAUAAAUAUCGACGAAUUUCAUAUUGAUAACAGCAGCAGAAGUCACGGAUGGAGUAAAAAGGGUCAAAAAUGCAUUUCAUUUAAAAAGCCAAAUUAUAGAAACUAUACAGUUAUUUUAGCAGUAUCAAGUAGUAAUGGAAUAAUUGCCUGAAGAGCAAUUGAAGGAGGAAAUAAUAGACACACACAUUUAAUUGCUUUAUUGCAGAUUUAG